ACAACCUCGGGGUGGCACGCGGGGAGGUAGGCUGAGACGUCUGAGCCGGGGAAGCCGGCAUACUGGUGCUGCUUCUUUUUUCUCUUGCCGCUACUCUCUCAGUGUGUGGGUCUUAAAAGUCCCAGGAGGCGCGGAGUAGCGAGGCUCAACUCCGUCGGUGUGUGCGCCCGGUAUAAUAAAAAAGCCCUCACGUUCCCACAGUAAUUGGAGCGGUGCGGCCGCCGUGACAACAGGGAUCGUUGCUCCCAGUCCCCCUGUGAUCGUAGCCCCCAGGCACACACUCCCGUCCCCCGAGAUUCGGUCUCGAGCGUCCCUCACACAGGUCCGCCCCUCCCCGCCACCGCCUCGAUUGCUCGCGGCCAGUUUGCCGGCUUCGUCCCUGGGGGGCGUCCCCACACUGAAGCAGAGAAGAUGGCUGGAGGACGUCUGCUGCUGGGGGGCGACUUCCUGUCGCCGCCGCCGCUGCCCCCCCUCCCGCCGCCGCCGCUGCCCCCCCUCCCGCCGCCGCCGCUGCCGCCCCUCCCGCCACCCCCGCCCGAGCCAGUGCUGGAGCAGUGGCGCUAUAGCCACGAAAGUGACUGGCAGUGGGCUCUGCGGCGGAGCUUCAUCUGUCGGCACCUGCACCGCUAUCCCGGCGCUGCCCUCGACCAGCUCCUCGCUCUCUCCGCCGCCUGGACCAACCACGUUUUCCUGGGCUGCAGAUACAGCCCACGCUUGAUGGAAAAAAUUCUUCAGAUGGCCGAAGGUAUUGAUAUUGGGGAGAUGCCGUCAUACGAUCUGAUGCUGCCCAGACCUUCCAAAGGUCAAAAGCGCUACCUUUCAGCCUACGAUGGUCAAAAUCCUCCUAAAAAGCAAGCUGGUUCCAAAUUCCAUGUGAGACCUCGUUUUGAGCCUGUACAUUUUGUAGCUAGUAGUUCAAAAGCUGAAAGACAGGAAGAUCCUUAUGGCCCUCAAACAAAAGAGGUAAAUGGACGAACACAUUUUGUCAGCAUGCCAAGAAACUUCUACCAAGAUUAUACUCAAGACUCUUUCAAUAUGCAAGAUGGGAAUUCUCAGUAUUGUAAUUCAUCAGGAUUUAUUUUCACAAAAGAGCAGCCUGUAACAACCAACAUGUAUUUUGACAGGAGGAACCCUGCCCCAAGCAGCACAUCCCAGCUGGCAAACUGUCAGCCACCUCCAGAGCCUUCUUCACAGAUGUAUCCUGAGUCAGUGGUUGCUGAAAAACAGUAUUUUAUUGAAAAGUUAACAGCAACUAUCUGGAAGAACCUUUCUAAUCCAGAGAUGACUUCUGGAUCUGAUAAAAUUAAUUAUACCUACAUGCUAACUCGUUGCAUUCAGGCGUGUAAGACAAAUCCUGAGUAUAUAUAUGCUUCUUUAAAAGAAAUUCCUCCCGCUGACAUCCCCAAAAAUAAAAAACUUCUCACAGACGGUUAUGCUUGUGAAGUUAGAUGCCAAAAUAUCUAUCUAACUACAGGUUAUGCAGGGAGCAAGAAUGGGUCCAGGGAUCGAGCUACUGAGCUAGCUGUAAAACUCUUACAGAAGCGGAUUGAGGUUAGAGUUGUCCGGCGGAAAUUCAAGCACGUCAUUGGAGAGGACCUUGUAGUAUGUCAGAUUGGCAUGCUUUCAUAUGAAUUUCCCCCGGCUCUAAAGCCACCAGAAGACCUGGUAGUACUGGGAAAGAAUGCUUCAGGGCAGCUUAUUUUUAAUAGUUCUGCCAAACAUUGGACCAAUUUUGUCAUUACAGAAAAUGCAAACGAUGCGAUUGGCAUCCUUAACAAUUCUGCCUCAUUCAAUAAAAUGUCAAUUGAGUACAAAUAUGAGAUGAUGCCAAAUCGCACAUGGCGGUGUCAAGUAUUCCUGCAGGAUCACUGCUUAGCGGAAGGUUUUGGAACCAAGAAAACAAGCAAACAUGCAGCUGCUGACGAAGCUUUGAAGGUUCUUCAAAAAACACAACCCACUUACCCAUCUGUCAAAAGUUCCCAGUGCCACUCAGGCUCUUCACCCAAAGGAUCAGGAAAGAAGAAAGAUAUAAAAGAUGUUGUAGUUUAUGAGAAUUCUUCCAAUCCUGUGUGCACCCUGAACGAUACAGCUCAGUUUAACCGAAUGACAGUUGAAUACGUCUAUGAGAGGAUGACAGGCCUCCGCUGGAAAUGCAAGGUGAUUCUGGAAAGUGAAGUCAUUGCAGAAGCAAUUGGGGUGAAGAAAAGUGUCAAAUAUGAAGCUGCUGGAGAAGCUGUGAAAACCCUCAAAAAGACCCAGCCAACUGUCAUUAACAACCUGAAGAAAGGGACUGUUGAAGAUGUGAUUUCAAGAAAUGAAAUUCAGGGCCGCUCAGCAGAAGAAGCUUACAAACAGCAAAUCAAAGAAGAUAACAUAGGAAAUCAACUGCUGCGAAAAAUGGGUUGGACGGGUGGUGGCUUGGGUAAAUCUGGUGAUGGCAUAAGGGAGCCUAUCUCAGUCAAAGAGCAGCACAAGCGAGAAGGACUUGGACUAGAUGUAGAGAGGGUCAAUAAAAUUGCUAAGAGAGAUAUAGAACAGAUCAUCAGAAACUAUGCCCGCUCUGAGAGCCACUCAGAUUUGACCUUCUCCACAGAGCUGACUAAUGAUGAACGGAAGCAAAUACAUCAGAUUGCUCAGAAGUAUGGCCUGAAGAGUAAGUCUCAUGGGGUGGGCCAUGAUAGGUACCUGGUGGUUGGUAGAAAACGGCGGAAGGAAGACCUCCUAGAUCAACUCAAACAGGAAGGCCAAGUGGGACAUUAUGAGCUUGUCAUGCCCCAAGCAAAUUAAGUUUUUACUAAGUUAUCUUGUAAAUACCAUGUGAGGCAGAUCAAAUAAAACUACAUAAUCUGGUUGAAGAAUAUUCAUUCUUAAGAUGUUUCACCUUGUUUGUUUCAUGUAGUGCUUUAUUAGGUUCUGUCCACUCGUAUUAGCUUACCCCAGCAGAUGAUAUUGUGCAGUUACUGUUUGUGUCUUUCACAUUGCCCCGUCCCUCAGAUUUUAGUAGUUUGUACAAGCAAAAACACCCAUCUAAGUGCAAUUUCACCCUGAGGAAAAUAAUUCACAUUAUAAAGGGCAUAGCACAGCAAUCUGUAACAAUAUGUAAAGUAAAUGCUGACUCUAAGCUACAGCUAAUUCCAGAUUUACUUAAAAUGUCAGGUCAAUUUGUACUAGCAAUUUUCAUCUUUGUGUGAAGCCAAUUAUAGAACGUUUAACAAUAAAUUCUGCUGUACAUGUAAAUGUCUUUAUCAACUAAAUGAUGUAAAACUUUCUUAAAAGUAAUUUUAGUGUUUGCUUAUUUAUAACUUCUACCCUGUGAUUUCCAGGAUAUUGGAAGUGAUUUACUGUAUCUUGUGCUAUAUGACUUUUAACAAAUUCUAGUCUUCCUGCUGAGAGAGCACUACUUGAGAGAGAUGUCACAAAGUUUCCAAAAAGCCUUGAUUCAAUCAGAAGAAAGGAAGCUUGAAUUGUUUGUUCUUGGUGCCUUGCAGAGAGACUCAGAGCAACUCUCCAUUGUAGCUUUCACACGGUCUGUGCGUCACAUCCAAGGCAACCACAGCUGUGGUAGGGCCUGGUAAAAGACUGAAGAUUGGUACAUUGGUGCUUUGAUGAAAAGGUCAGUUGGCUGGUCCCUCUCUCAAACAGCUUAUUACGCCCCAAAGCCAACUUUGUAACAUACUUAAAACUGCUAUUUUCGCUUAUUUCUGGAAUGUAAAAAUGUAUAAAAAUAAAAGAGUUAGUGUAUGCUUCCUGAAUAAAAAGGAGCCAAAGUUGAUCAAAAUGGUGGUGUGCUUCUUUCUGGAGAGCAACCUAGUAGCAACACUUUGGGUCUUUGGACAAAGGAAGUGAUGGUUGCACAGAAUAGUUCAGUCACAGCACACAUGGAUAAAUGUAAUGAUUUAGCAAAUAGGAGAAGAAUCUGUCACUCGUCAUGGUUUUUGUUUGCUUUGUGUUUUUUUUUUCUUGUAUGCCAGCAUUCUGACUUAUCAAAUCUUUGGCUGUUUACUUUUAUGUGGUUUUAUUGUAUCUCAAUGAAUCAAGUAAAACCUAGCAAUAAAAGAAAUGAAUAUUACAAUAUUGAUAGGUAACUCCAGAGAAGUGAUGGUAAGGACUCCUAGGUUGUUUGUAGUGUCCUUUUAAAAAAGAUUUAUUUUUUUAUAAUGUGUGUGGGAGGGAAUUAUAUGCAUGUGAAUGCAUAUGCCCAUGGAGGACAGAGGUGUCAGAUGGGGCUGACAAUAUAGGCACUUGUCAACCUUCUGCCAUGGGUGCUGGGAACUGAACUCUGGUCCUCUGGAAGCACAGUAUGUGCUCUUAACCUCUAAGCCAGCUCUUCAACCCCCAUAUGCAGGGUUCAUGUUUGGUUUGUAACUGGUCCACACCACAAUGCAUAGUAAAUUCCAUUUUGCUUUCCUACUCCUUUUUCUACUUUAUACUAAGAAGAUAGAGUAAAAUGUGUAUUUAAAAAUACAGAUUACCUUUGAUACAUGGACCUCUUUCCUUCCAUGCACCUGCAUUGACUAGCACAGGACAGCAUCUGCUUUGCACCCUUUUCCGUAGUGUAUAUACUUUAUUCGUUUGGUAGAAGAGAUGUACAUUUUAUUUUGGUGUCUAAUACUUUAGUAGAAACAGAACUAGGGUAGAACUUUCAUAGAUUUUGUGAUUAUAACUAUUUUUUUACCUGCAAAAUUCACUCCCACCUUGGAAAGUUGUGGUUCAGGUAGUUAGAACACUGUGUCUUUGGUUUUCUGGAUGACAAGAGAUGGUUUUUAGAGAUAAUGAGAUGUGAAAAACUUGGUUUGCUUGUCUCUUUAUAUGUUUUACUCCAAGAUGAUUUUUGUUGUCUUGGAGGAAAGUGGUAUGAAAUCAGAAGUCAGAUUUGUUUAUAAAAGCCUAAUGGAACAGAUUAGUUACACUUGAGGCUCUGUGAUAAUUGGAUAAAGUAUAUAGGAACUGGGUUCCUGAUUUUGGUGGACCAGAUAACUUGGUAGAUAGAGCAGCUUUAGUAUUGAUGUGGAGAAAUCAGCUUGACAGGAAUAAGCUGCUGACAACCUUGCUGUUCCAGUUUUCCUUUUAUUUGGUCCUUGCAUUUUCCUUCUCUUUGAAAUAGAAGUCAUUUUUAGCUCAGGAACUUUGCUAUAAAACUUGACAGAAUAUGAGUGCUUCCAAGUUUUAUUUGUAUUAAAUGUAACCUGAAAACUGUAUAUGCAUAUGUGCUUGUCCUCACAGAGCCACUCUUUAACACCUACCCCCCUUGAUUGCAAGAGUGGAAAUAUCAUCCCAUUAGGUGCAUUUGUUUAGUAGUAUUCAGUGUGUUUACUUUGCUAUGAGUAACCCUUGCAGUAGGUCCUAAAUAAAGGACUCUAAUUACAGCUUUGGUUCUUCAGCAUACCCCUUUCCCCACAUAAGCAGGUACAAAAUUGAAAGUUUGAGUCUCAAAAAGGCACCUUGAAAAUAUGUUUUAACUUUCUUGUAAUUACAUGUGGACAAGGCAGGCUUUGUUAAAAAUUGUAAAGAAGAAAAAAGGGUAAUUUGUAUAAAAUGUUCCAAUGAGUGUCUAGGUAGCUUUGGCUAUGUCUAUGUCAGCUUCGUUCUUAAGGUUGUAAAAGGAUUAUCCCACGAGAAAUUCAUGAUGGUGUUUCUUAGGAGAUGUACAAAAUAAAAUAUUACUAAAUCAGCCUGUUCCCAGUCUCAUGCUAAAUUUUUCAAAUAGCAAUAUUAUC